GAUUCUUUCACCUUUAACACGUCCCUUUGUGUGGUAUUUCCAACGGUUGAACUGUAUCGAUACGUGUGAAGAAAAAACUUGUCAUCAUGCUUGCUCAAUCUCUUAUUCUUCUUGGCUUUUUGGGGGUAGCUACUGCCAACCCCCUCGUACCCCGUCUCGUCACUGCACGUCAGAUCGACUCUUCCUCUGUUCCAUCCACAUGCUCAGACACGUGCACCAGCGCGUUGACCAUCUAUAACGCGUGUUCCACCGGCGACACCACAGGUUGUCUUAAAGUGUGUCAAUCGGAUAACUUCAAUGGUUUCGUUGGAUGCUUCAACUGCGUGUUGGCCAACACGGAUGGGGUGACAUCGGAUGAUUAUAGUCAGUUGCAGGCAGCUUUGGAUCAGCUCGAGCAAGCUUGUGCUGCAGCUGGUCAGACUGUCUCUGCUACUGCAACUCUAUCGAGUGCACCUGCGUCCGCUACUGGCUCUGACACUGCUUCAGGCGGUCUUGCCUCGCUCACCUCGGACCAAUUGUCCUUCACCUCCGCCGCUUCUGGCGUGACCAUCGGCGCUGGGUCCGCCACGGGUAUCGCUGCCACUUCCGGCGGUUCUGCCACCUCCGCUGCGACCAGCAAGGCUUCUUCGGCGGUAUCUUCUCCCUCUGCCUCUGCCUCUAGUACCGGCCCACUUAACGGAGCCGCCUCCGUCGCUUCAUUGAACGGACCUCUUGCCUUUGGUGCUGCCUUGCUCGCACUCGGCGCUGGAGCAGCUAUCGUGCUCUGAUCACUUUACUGUGAGUGGGACAAGGCGACAGACUGCGGGAAGCAUGGUAUUGAAUGGAAACGAAACUUUGAAGGUAUCUUUAGGACAUUGGCGUUUGUAUAUACUACUCUAUUUGUCAAUCGCGGUGCGUUUCGAUACUUAUGAAUGCAAUACAUUCUCUGAUCCG